AUGAUUAAUCAACGUUCUUAAGGUCCUCUAAGGGGUUAACACUUUAGAUAGGCUAACUUAACAUAAAUAGGAACUAAAAUAAUUGAUCAAAAAAGUGAAUCAAUUUAUGUAGAUUCUGAGGUUUCCUUAAAAAAGCGUAAAAGCAAAAGCCCACUAGAAGUAACUAGAGGAUUAUACAAAUCAUAAACUUAUAAAGAGAUUUGCCCAUAAGACUCGUUUAAAGAGCCUGAUAGAUUUGAUUCUCCUUUGGAUUAAUCUUUGAAUUAACCUUUAAAAAUCACUUUUAAAGUUUCUGGGACUGCCCUUAGAUUUCAUGCUCAUUAAGUGAUUAGAAUAUUUAUUCAAAAACUGUUGUAUUAUUUGAGAGUCUAAAAGCAACAAUAAAGCAAGAUGAAAUGCUUUGAAAGGAUUAUAGAGGAUAAAGGUAGUGGCACACAGAUUGAAGAGUAAGAGAUUAAGAAAUCAUAUAAUUGCAGCCUACUUAAGAAAGACUCCUAUGAAAAAAUGUUAGUAAAUUUGAUAUUAAUUAUGAUUCUAUUGGCAUAUUGUGUCGUUGCACCUAUUUUCAAUAUGAGAUUUGAACCUAUUCUGAUAUUUAUCUUUAUUUAUUCAACCUACAAAGUGGUUGAUUAUAAAUAAUGGAACAUUCUAGAUAUUUUGAUUAUUGGAAUAAAUAUAGGUAGUUUAUUCAACUAAGUAUUUCUAUUUAUGAAUAUUAUAAAUAUGAUAAAAGUGUAUUAGAUUAUGUAAAGUUUAAAUGUAUUGACUUCAAAAAAGCUUUUAAGAUUCAUUAAUUCAAUAUUAAUAGUGGUGAUUCAUUUGAAUAAUAGUGUACAUUUUUGGUAAUUCUAAUUAGAUAAUGAAUAAACUUACGAUAUUUUGUUAGGAUAAUAGAUAUAAUUGUUUUUUAAUUUAGAUCUAGAAACGAGUGAUGAUUAAAAUAUAUACUAUAUUUCUUUAAAUAGAAUUAUGAGUCUCUUGAUUUUGUUAUACUUUACAUAGCAAUUCUUUACAUACAUGAAGAUAUCGGAUGAAAUGAUAAAAAAAGAAGAGUUUUUUGAAUUAUUACUUAGCAAAAACACUAUGAAUAAACAGCCUUUUAGAAAUUAACAUUAAGUUAGGUAGUUAUUGUGGUCUGAAGUGGAAAAUCAGAAAUAUUAAGAGACCUAUUUAAGUUAGAUUGACUUUAAUUUGCCGAAAGAAUUGAGAAAAUCUCUUAAUCUACAUAGUUAUUUGGAUAUCAUUCAAAAGUCUAAAUUUAUCAAACAAAAAUUCACUGAAUCAUUUUAAAAGAAUCUAUCUGAAUUUGUAAAGGAAUAAACAAUAGAAGAAGGGGAAAUCAUACAAUAACAAAACUAAAGAGUAAAUAAAUUAAUAUUCUUAAUGGAAGGAGAAGUAGCCUUACAAAUUAAUCAAAAGAGAGUAUAAGUAUUGAAAAAAUUAAACAUAGUGAAUUAAUAUGAAUUUUUUGCUUGUUUGUCUUCUCCUUGUGAAAUAACUACCUAAUAAAAAUAUUAUGAAUCAUUUUAUGAUUUGAUAUCCAUGCAUGAGGAAGAUUUUUAAAAAUAUAAAAUGUGGUUAGACAAAAUGUAAGUGUAACAAAGCCGUUGUGUUUACAAAAUCUGUUACAUCUGCAUGGAUAAUCAUGUGACAUCUAUGUGUACUGGCGUAUCAUACCAGCCUAAUUAUAUGAAAAUAAUCUCAAAUAGUACAUAUGCAUAACCAAGUUCUAGAAUUAAAUUUAGAAGAUUCGAAAGGAAACGAACAUCAUCAUUAGUUUAGCAAAACUUGGUAAGUAUAACAGCUUUGAAUUGGGCGUAACAAUUCAAUUUGAUAUCUAAAAAUACAGAACUUAUUGACUAGUUCUUGGGUAAAUAAGAGGGGGAUGAUGAAUUUCAACUAUUCGCAAAUGAUGAUGAUCACACUUCCAAACAUCAAACACAAACCUAUACUCAUUAAUAAAGUGUAAGGUCACCCAAAACAAAUAAAACAGGGAUUACUGGGAGAGAGAGAGAAAGAGUUUAUACUGAUUCAAAUAUCAAUAGGACUUUAACUAUUAGAACAUUAAAAGCAUCUGAAAACAAUACUUCUAGAUUAAAACAGAAUAAUAAUAAUGACUCAAUUGUAAUAAGUAAUUCCCCUUCACCAAUCUAAUAAUAGAAUAAAACUACUUUAAUGUUAUUUACAAAAGAAUAACUUAAAAGAUAAUCAAAUAUGGGUAGUAGCUUUACAAUCGAAAGAGCUUUAGAUAAAAAAUCAUCAAUACAUUCUUAAAAGCAACUUCCACAAUCAACUAGUAUAUUGCAAAGUAAAGAAGUCAUACAAUAAUUGCAGAGUAAUAUUGGAAGUCCACAUAUGUAUACCACAUCAGUAAGGAUGAAUUAAAAUGAUGUCAGUUUGAAUUUAAGGAGAUCAGACUCACAACCAAUUUUAUCUGAACUGGUUGGUUCUGCGAGAUAAUUGAUUUUGAUAAAAGAAUUCGAGAAUAUGUAAAUUUUUGAAUGGUACUUUCCAAAUCAUAAUUUUAAUAAGGUUAUUGAGAGAUUUUAAAAUUAUCUAAAUGAGUUUGACUUAUUAAUAUCAAUAAUAUAUAAACACAUACUUUCUAAAAUUAAUGAGAGCUAAUAAUCGUCUUGCAUCUGUAAUAGGAAAUUUACGCGAAAUAAAGGAAACCAAUGUAAAACUGACAAACUAGAAUAGCUUUUAUUUAAAAUUACAAACACUUUCUAAAAAACGAUUAAUGAGGAUGCUGAUAUGAUUAGACAGAGAUGCUUACAAAUUUUAACUAUAGAACCAGACAAAAGAUCCAUAAUCUAAGCUAAAUAUGUCCAAAAAUAUUUUGAGAGAGAUUUUGCUUAUUUUUCGAAAAUAAGAGGACAUUUGCCUGAUGAUCUUUACAUUAGAAUUUUCAAAGAUUUAUCAAUUGAAAAGUGUGAUGCAGCAGAAGUUGUAUUUAAUAUGGGUGAUAUUGGACGAAAAAUGUACUUUAUCAUGGAUGGAGAAGUAGCCAUUCUAAUUCCAUAGUAAGAAUAAUAACAUCAUAAUAAUCAUCAUCACCAGAGAAAAUCAUUGACAAUAAAAAAAUUUGAUGAUUUAUUGAAACAUAAGUAUGCACAUUAUACAUUAAUUGCUAUUAAAAGCAAAAAUGAGUAUUUUGGAGAAAUUGCAAUUGAAUAGAGAAUUCCUAGAACAGCUUCAGUUGUAGCCAAAACUGAUUGUAUUUUUGCUACAUUGAGUUAUGAUUCAUAUUAGAAAGUACUAGGAUAGUAUUAAGAAAAAAUCUUAGAGGAAAAAUUAUAAUUCAUUAAAAGAACACCACCUUUCAAAAAUUGGAGUCAAUCAGGUUAAUCAGUUCUGUUGCAUAGUUGCUAGGAAGUCAGUUUCGAGGCUGGAUCAUUCAUUUAUAAAAGAGGAUAGAAAGGAGAUACAGUUUAUAUAAUUAAGGAGGGAGAAGUACUUAUAGAGAGAUGGGAGAAAUAAUAAUCAGUAACAUAAGAAGGGGAUAUUUAUUCAAAGAGGAAUAUCAUAGUUCUUGGGUUAUACUCCACUGGAUAGGUAUUUGGAGAUUAUGAAGUCUACUAAACUAAUAUGAAAUGCAGGUAUCUCACAAGAGUAACAUAAGCCAAAGCUAGAGUGAAAACUACUGUAUUAGCAUUAUCAAUAUCAUAAUAUAUUGAUAAUAUGAGGUUGAAUGAACGAGAUGCUUGGAUCAAAGACUAUUUUGAAUAGAAGUUUAGCAAGAAAUGGUUAAAUAAACCAGAAAUCUAAAGAUAAUAAGACAGCAAGAGUCCGAUCCCAUAAAGCAAUAAAUAAUACAUCAAAAGUAAAGAAGAUGGAAGGUAACCAUAUAAAGUCUCUUUAUCAAAUAAUUAUUUUGAAGAAUUAGACCUAGAUAGUAAGAAGGAUUCUAAGGAUUUAUAGUUGUUGUCUCCAACGUAAUUGCAUUCAUAAAGCAAAAGCAAUAAAACCAUAAGAAAGUUUUUAAACUUGUAAGGAAAUUUGUUUAAGACUUAAUAAAACUAUGAAGCACCUUCGAUGGAUGUCAUUAUUAGACAACUUAAAAACAAGGUCAUUAAGAGCAGAGACAACUUAACAAGCGAAUCAAAUGCUGAUAUUUCACAGAGUAAAUUGUAUUCUGUAAAGAAACACAGUGCUCCUAAGCUUAAAAUUGGUUUAUCGUUUAAAUCAUUUAGAGAAGGAGAACGUAAUAAGUCUAAAUUUUUAGACUGA